AUUCACAAACUCAAACAUGCUGCCGGCUGUGGGCGCGGGGGAUCCCGAGGGCACCGCUACUCCCGCUGAGGAGAACCCUGGGCUGGGAGCGCCCGUGGGACGGGCGGGCCCUCACCCUGCAGGUGCCCAAGACAAGUUCUUCUUCAUCAAAGGUGGAAUUUUUCUAGGUACUGUUGCUACUGCAGGAAUGAUCGCUGGUUUUGGUACAACACUUGCUAUGGCUAAAAAGAAAAACCCCAACUGGUUCAAUAAGGGUAUUACUGCCACAGCUGCAUUACCAGAGAAUGGUUCAUCGCUGGCCUUACGAGCCUUGGGGUGGGGUUCGCUGUAUGCCUGGUGUGGAGUUGGGCUGAUCAGUUUUGCCAUCUGGAAGGCUUUGGGAGUUCACAGUAUGAAAGAAUUUCGUAAUAAAAUGCAAUCAAUAUUUCCAGCCAUUCCUAAAAGUGCAGAGCACUCAGUCGAAUGGGAAGACUUAAUGAAAUCCAAAUGAAAGGAGCAGAAAGGAUUCAGAAUUGUGGGAAAAGUCCAUCUAAAAAAAUAAGAAAAUCAGACUGAUUUGAAUGCAUGGAAAUGAGCAAAUUAGUGACUGUUUGCUGAACAUGGGGACGGCAGUUAUUAUUUUAACAGCAAGAGAACUGUUAUGUUUUUGCUGUUACUUUUUCUUGGAUAAAAUUCUAGGUUGUUUGGAAAAUAAGGAACAACGGUAAUUUCAUUGACAUUUACCUGUCUUAUUAGGAAUAAAGGGGGCUGAGUCCAUCACAUCAGAUCAGUUAAUCUAGUCUGUAGCAAAGGCAUGUAAUGGGUUACCUCAGUUCCUGAGGAUAGAGGAGAUACCUGAACAAUACCUAUGGAGGGAGGGCUGAACACAUCCAGCAUACCAAGGAUAUACAGGAAAUACCUAUCUGGUGUUCUUUAUAAAGAGAAGGAUGUUUUCUCUAUAAAAAACGUUUUUUGAUUCAUUGUCUAUUUUUUUAUUGGGACUCUGUAACAACGGGUCUGAUAGCUUGCACGAGAACCUGUCAUGAAAAUGAAGAUGCUGUAAAACAGUGCAACAUCCGGUCUGCCCUAUACCACAAACACUUUUCAGCUAAGAAGCCAUGUGGGCAGGUACAGCUUUUAGUAUCUGUGUGGUUCCUAUGGCUCUGCUACCUGAUGAGUCCUAAGUAAUGUGUCAUUUUUCAUGCUGAAAUGAUCUCAUUGUGUGGGUGUAAGCUAAGAAAGAAAAAUGUCUAAUUCAAAUGUAUUUGCAUAACUAUAGAUCUAAAACAGUUGUAAAAAAUAUUUUUAAUAUGUAAAUUCUUCCAGUGAAACAAUCUCCCCAAUCAGUUAUCAGAUUUCUUGUAUUAAUUGCUCAUGGUCCAGUUAGCCAGCCAUCAGGUUUAAUAAAGUGCUGU